GAUCCCAAGACUGAUAUGUUUGGGUCUACAGAGGUCGUUUGAUCUACGAGCCUCCUCGUUACAUGACUGUCAAUGAAGCUGUCGAACAAUUAUUAGAGAUUGAAGAGAAGCGUGGUGAAGGUAUUUGUAAGCCAGAUUCAUUAGCCAUUGGUUGUGCUAGAAUUGGUACAGACACCCAAAAGAUUGUUGCUGGUACUUUAGAAGAAUUAGUCGAUGUUGAUUUUGGCGGACCUCUUCAUUCUCUUGUCUUGAUCGGUUCUCGCAUGCAUGAAAUGGAAGCUGAAUUCGUAAAGGAAUACGCUCACAAUAUCGAUACCUUUAAUACACUUGUGAAGAGGGAUUACGUUCAUUAAAUACAUGUCUUACUCAACGUCAUUGAUACGAAAAUCAACGAGGAGAUUUAAUUAUUGAAUAAAAAAGGAUUGUUUUUUUCUUACAUACAGUUUUUCACUUCUUACUUUAUAUAAACAAUGGCGAAGAACACAGCAUCCCAAAAGGCAGACGAGAUUGAAUCCAAAAUUGAUAGUGGUGCCAGUGAGUUACAGGGUAAAGUUAGAGAAGGUGCCAAAAAGGUCGACGAGGUAUUAGAAAAUGAAGAUGUCAAAAGAGCUACUAAGCGCGCAGAAGAUGAAGUCAACAGAUUAAAGGCCGAAUUAGCUGAAUUCCAAAGAAAGGCCGGACCCAAACUUCAAGAAGCUGAGCACUUCUUAUGUUCCCCUACUGCCAUCACUUUCUACAAAGGCCUCGUUACAGGUGUCGCUCUGGUUUUAGCAUAUAAAAAAUAUGCCGAAAAAAGAUUUUAAUAAAAA